GAAGAUCCUCAGUAUUUCUCUCAGACAGCAAAUCACACAAUGACAGAGUCCGUCCGGUAGAGCAACAUGCUAUAUUCUGGAUACUUUAUAUGGAUUUUCUUCUCCUCAUGGGGAAUAAUUGCAGGCAGUGUGAGGACUCUACCUCAUGUGAUGAAGUACCAAACAGUGGUACCUCAGAAGCUAAAGGAGUCAUCACUCAUUAAUGGUGCUUCCACACAGAUAUACCCAGAUGUACUCCAGUACUCCUUGACAAUUGCAGAGAAAAACUACACACUACAUCUGGAAAGGAACAAAGGUCUGGUCGGGAAGAACUUCUCUGUGACUCACUAUUCUGAUCAGGGCGCCCAAGUUACAACUACUUCAGACCUUAGGGUUCACUGCUACUACCAUGGACACAUUGUGGGUGUCGAGGACUCCUCUGUCAGCGUGGGACUGUGUUCAGGAAUAAAGGGGUUUGUGCAAGUCCAGGACCAGAUGUAUCUUAUUGAACCUCUGUCUGGGGCUGAGGUGGGACAGCAGAACCACAGACAGAGCUCUGACACUCACAAUGACGAGGGUCUUCACGCUGUUUACAACUACAACCACCUGAGGAGGAAGAGGAGCUCCUGUUCCCAUGGAAACACGACCACUUUCUAUGAUCACGGAGCUCGUCCGUCUGGACUGUUCCAGCUUGGCAGUCUGAAAAGCAGAGCCCAGACCAAAGAUCACACCGUAAAACCCAGGACAGUGGAGCUGGUUCUGGUGGUCGACUACACGGAGUAUAAGAAGUUUGGCAGUAAGAAGACAGUGGAGGCCAGACUUCUUGAAAUAGCAAACCAUGUAGACAAGCUGUAUCGGUCAGUGGGUGUUCGUGUGAUGCUGGUCGGUCUGGAUAUCUGGUCAUACAGAGAUCAGAUACAGGUCAGCAGUAAUCCUGAGCUCACCCUUGGUCGUUUCCUCGAAUGGCGUCAGCGGAAUCUGUUGCCAAGGACCAAACACGACAAUGCACAGUUCAUCACAGGUGUGGAUUUUGAGGGCUCUACUGUGGGCCUAGCAAACACCAAUGCAAUGUGCACCUCAAACUCUGGAGCUGUCAAUGAGGAUCAUAACAAUAACCCAAUUGGAGUGGCCUCCACUAUUGCACAUGAGAUGGGUCACAACCUGGGCUUGUCCCAUGAUUCUGAAAACUGUGUCUGUGGCUCCUUAAUAUCGAAAAAAGGCUGCAUCAUGGCUGAGAGUGUAGGCCUUGUGUAUCCGCAGACGUUCAGCAGCUGCAGUCAUCAGCAGCUCAGCAGGUUCCUGGAGGAGGUGAACCCUGCCUGUCUGCUGGAUAUUCCUUCUACUGAUCGGAUCUUUGGAGGGCCAGUGUGUGGAAAUGCCUUUCUAGAACCUGGAGAGGAGUGUGAUUGUGGCACCGCUGAGGAAUGCAAGAAUCCCUGCUGCAAUGCCACCACCUGCAAACUUAACGCAGGAGCCCAGUGUGCAGCGGGAGAGUGCUGCCAAAACUGCCAAUUGAAACCGACAGGCAGCGUCUGUCGACCAAAGACAGGAGAGUGUGACCUGGCAGAAUACUGUACUGGCUUCUCUGCUUCCUGCCCUAUUGACGCCUACACCCAAAACGGCCUGCCGUGCAGCCGUGGAAAAGGAUACUGCUACAACGGACAGUGUCCUUCACGGCAGGAACACUGCAAGAAACUCUGGGGUCCAGAUGCUGAAGUGGCUGCAGAUGCUUGUUUCUACCUGCAUGGAAACUGCAGAAAGAAGACCCUGUUUAGCCAGCGGUGUUCCAGUAGCGAUCAAUCCUGUGGGACACUUUUCUGCUCUGGAGGCUGGGAUUUUCCUGUGACAUCCAGGAAGCUCUUCUACAAAGUAGGAAAUGGAGACAUAUGUAAUGAAGCAACUAUGAACCCUGAGGAUAACUACCCUGCAGAUCUGACCAUGGUACCUACUGGAACCAAGUGUGGCAACAAUAUGGUCUGCUAUGAUCAUCGGUGUCAAGACAUCAAAAGCAUAAAAGUGUACGGAAAAAAUGACUGUUCUGCAAAGUGCAACAACCAUGGGGUUUGUAACCAUGAGAGUAAGUGUCACUGUGACCCUGGCUGGGCGCCACCUUUCUGCAAUGUACAGCAGUCAGAGCUGCCUCAAGCGGCAGGUUUGGCAGUGUUUACUGUGUCACUGGUGGUUGGCUUACUUCUGCUGAUGGUACUGGGUAUCGGGAGUUUUAUGUACUGCAUCAGAAAAAGGCGACCUCCAAAGAGACACCUCCAAUCUACCUCAGGACAAUCCAACCCCUUGUUUCGGUCAAGCAGUACACGAGGCAGCCCUCGUCUCGGGACCACACAUAUCAGUCAGCCUACAUUUGUGGCGUCUUCAGCCCCUCAAGCCUGUAAACUUCUGUUCUCUGCUACUGCCCGACCACAUGGCGGAGCGCUGAAGCCCAGUAGGGCAGCUCCUGAGCCACCUAAGAAAGUGCCAGCUGUAUCUCAGCCAUCAAUGAUUCAAAAGGUUGUAAGGCCAUUCAUGCAGCCACCAACUGUUCCAGUCAAGCCAGUUUAUACUGAGGCCAAGCCACUACCUCCAUCCAGACCUCUGCCACCACUUGCAACAAAACCAGUAAGUGCCAUUAUGAUGAAACCAAAGCCUCCAUUGCCUCCAGUGAAGCCGAAGCCCUUUUCAACCCUGUCUUCACUGCCACAUACACAGCUGUUAGGGAGAGUUGCCCUGAUGCCCCCCAACAAGCCCAGAUGACAGAGAGAAUAAUUCAACCUGGGGUAAACAUCGAAACUGGACAAUCUGUCAUUCCACAUAGAAGGACCUAGAAGAUCCUCUCAGGAGACACUCGUCUGGUUUAAAGUGGAAACAAGAUCCACACAAGGAUCAGCAACAAUAAGCAACAGAACUUUCUUGUCAGUUAUGGUCCUCCUGAGGAUUACCACUGUCUGUGUCUUGCUUAAGCCCGCAGUGUGCUGAUGAAUACAUAAAGAUUGACACAGUGAACCUCUGUGCUUUUUUAAAUGACAAAUGGCUAUGCUGCCAUGAUGUUUUUUGAUUUUUGUAAGGGAAAUGUCUCUCUGCCUUGAUCCUGGGAUAUGUGAACACUUUUCAAUGCAACUGCACUAUCAAUGCUGUAACUGUUUUAUUGUUACUAUUCCCUCAUAUGAUUUUGGUACUGCUUUAUAAAAUUAAAAUAAUAAUAAUAUUGUUGAAGGAUUUUAAAAUGUGGCAUCAACACAGACACUUUACUGAUUUUUAAAUUAACCACAAAAAUUGACUUUUUCAUGAACUUUGUUGUAUUAACCUAUGCAUGCUUGACUUUUUGGGACUGAACUAUUAAAUGUGACUAUUUUGUUA